CAAAAAGGACACUACCGAAUCGGUAGUACCGAAAGCUUCAAGGUUUCAUUGGCCAUGGAUGGCGUGCCGGACGUCCAGGAGCUGUGCCGCUUGCGCUUGGAGGCCACGAAGAUGCCACAGCACAGGGAGCCUUGAGACUCCAAAUGAGAAGCUUGGAGUCUCCCACUUUGUGAGGCACCAAGAUGACAGUCGUUGGACAGAGGCCAGACAACGCCCGGCCGCGCCAGGGCUCCCGCUGCGGCGGAAGCUCCGGGCUUGGCUGAGCCGGCGAGGACGCCGUCAUUCUGAGAGUCUGGUUUGGGCCACCCUCCACCUUUGGGCACAAAGCGCCAAAGCAAAGCGCCUCCUCUCGGCCCGCCGCAAAGCAGCAGAAUUAAAGCAAAGUCUGCGAGCAUCUGAAGUAAUGCAGGUCUCAACCACAUUGCAAAUCCGCUGCUUGCUGGCGUGGAGGGCACUUGUCCAAGUCAAUUCCCAACAGGACAAACAGUCCUUUCUUGCUGCAGAUUUGGAGAGCAAGGAGCGAUGCCUACGAGUCCUUGAGGUUUGGACAAUCGGACUCGAGGCGUCAUUGUUGAGGGCUUUUUAUCGCGCUUGGGCUUCGUCGCUGGAGGAGCCAACUGCGAAGGCACUGCAAUUGGUUUCCAGCCAGCUGCAGACUGCAGGUCUUCUACUCGCAUGGCAAGUUUGGGUCCAGCAGUAUGAGGCCAGAAGACACCGCAACAUGAUCAUGGAGUCUGCUCUUUGCAAUAGAAGCAAGGCAUACUUCUGUGCUUUGUUUGGGGCUUGGCGCGACAUCUCCAUCCGGAAGCGGGAAGAUCGGGCAAAUCAUCUUCAGCGACAGAAAGAGCUCCGAAGACAACAUCGGCAGUUGUUCGCCGUGGUGGCCAUGAUGUUGCGGACACGAGGCCAGAUGCUUACAAGGCUUUGCCUGUCAACGUGGCACUUGCUGUCAGCCAACAGCCAGGAGGGAAGAGUGAAGCUCAGAACAAUGAUGCAAGCGAUGCUCCGAAAGCAGACAACAAGCCUUUUUGGCGCUUGGAAGAGCCAUGUUGGUCGGAUGCACUUACACCGGAAGGCUAUGGCGAAGAAACGACGAGCGUUGUUGGCAGCGGUGUUUGGCCUUUGGAAAGAGCAAGGUGCUGAAGCUUUGAAGGAGGAGUUCGACCAGCUUUGGUUGAAGGUGUCCGUUUGCUGCUAAUGAAGUUCAGAAGUCUCCAACUUGCUGGCUGCGCUUCUUUGUGCAGCACGUCCGUUGAAAACAGGACUUGAGGCGGUUCCACAACGAUCCUGCUCAAGCUGAAAGUAGUGAACGAGUCAGCUUGUUCUCAAUUGAAUCGGCAAGCCAAUCGGCAAUUCAGAGGGCUGCAGCUGUGGCUUUGCAUUACAUGACAUCUUUAGAAUAUACAGCGUUUCUUCAAUUUUUGCAAGUGACCGAGUGUACACUGCUUGAGGUUGCGCCACCAAAGCCUCUUGUUUGUUCUUGCUACAGCUGUUGAAUUCGGGGGGGCGCAGUUCUCGAGAGACUUGGG